AACAAAUAAUAAUUUAUUAGCCAUAGUUUUUGUUUUAUUUUAGCUUUAGGCUUUUAAGGCUUUUAGCCACGAAUACGAGACGACGGCAAGGUUGCGGUGCCUGCUCUGCCUGAAUCUCCUCUCAAAGGCUUUGCAAGUUCUGCUCUUGUCCUCGUCUCUGUCUCUCUCUAUGCCAAUGCGAAUGCCAUUGCCAAAGCCAUUUUCUUAUUCAAUACUUCUUCUUCUUUUGUUCUCUUUUCUAUCCACCACUAUAUCCACCUCUUUUGAUUUCCAAUCAUCUGGAAACGAUUUGAAGGAUGUGUAUCCGGAGAUCCUAAGGGAUGAAGCAGUGGCAAGGCUUCAACAGCUUGGACAGAUUAGUGAUGCUGAAGGAUAUCUCGAGAGGACUUUCUUGAGCUCAGCUUCUGUGAAGGCAGGAAAUCUUAUUCGUGGAUGGAUGGAGGACGCGGGUUUGAGAACGUGGGUUGACUCUUUGGGCAACAUACAUGGUCGGGUUGAGGGAAGGAAUGCGAGUGCUGAGGCUUUGAUAAUUGGCUCUCAUUUGGAUACUGUUGUUGAUGCUGGGAUUUUUGAUGGAUCAUUAGGAAUCAUCUCUGCAUUAGCUGCACUGAAGGUUUUGCAUGUCAAUGGGAAGUUGAGAACACGCAAGCGGCCAGUUGAGGUGAUUGCUUUUAGUGACGAGGAGGGUGUAAGAUUUCAAUCUACAUUUCUGGGCAGUGCUGCUGUAGCUGGAAUUUUGCCAGCUUCAGCACUGCAGAUCACUGAUAAAAGGGGUAUAACACUUCAAGAUGUUCUUAAAGAGAACUCCAUAGAUAUUACAGAGGAACACUUGUUGCAGCUCAAGUAUGAUCCCGAGUCAGUUUGGGGUUAUGUUGAGGUUCACAUUGAGCAAGGACCGGUCCUAGAAUGGGCUGGGUUUCCUCUAGGGGCGGUAAAUGGCAUAGCUGGUCAGACAAGACUACAGGUUAAGGUCAGAGGUUCUCAAGGGCAUGCUGGAACGGUUCCAAUGUCUAUGCGUCAGGACCCUAUGGCUGCUGCGGCCGAAAUGAUUGUACUCUUGGAAAGUCUCUGUAAACAUCCCAAAAAUUUCCUGUCUUAUGACGGUAACUGCAAAUCUUCCAUAUUAGAAUCACUUUCAAAUUCUCUCGUCUGCACUGUCGGGGAGAUAUCAACCUGGCCGAGUGCAAGUAAUGUCAUUCCAGGCCAGGUUACGUUCACAGUGGAUUUACGUACUAUAGAUGACACUGGGCGCGAGGCUGUUAUUUACGAAUUAUCAAGUCGGAUGUAUCAAAUAUGCGAUAGGCGUUCAGUUUCGUGCACAAUUGACCGCAAGCACGAUGCAAAUGCGGUGAUUUGUGAUUCUGAGUUGAGUUCACAGCUUAAAUCUGCCGCAUUUGCCGCUGUGAAGAGAAUGAGAGGUGAAAUUCACACUGAAUUGCCAGUCUUAAUGAGUGGAGCGGGACAUGAUGCAAUGGCUAUAUCCCAUUUAACUAAGGUUGGUAUGUUGUUUGUCCGCUGUCGUGGAGGUGUAAGUCACUCGCCUGCAGAGCAUGUAUUGGAUGAAGAUGUUUGGGCGUCGGGUUUGGCGCUUUUGGCAUUCAUAGAGACUCAGUUGUAGGUUAGAACAUUUGGUAAGAUAAUUGUACAUUAGUAUCUAAAUAAGUUAAUCUAUGUUGUUUGUUAAUUGUACAUUUCUAUGUAUCUUUUGGAUUCAAUUUAUUCUUUUCGAAACAAUUAAUAAUUAGUUAAGAAAA